GGGGGCUAAGAAAAGAGAUGGCAGUGGAGGAAGUAAGCCGGGUCUGGAAGGAUAGAAGGGGAACCAGAAGCCCCCCGCCAGGCGUGCAAGGGCCCUCAAAGAUGUGCAAGGCCCCCCAAGGUGUGCAAGACACAGCUCAGUGAGUACUGGGUAUGUGUCACCCUGCCAAAUCCCCGAUCACAAGUCUCCAUGAACCAGUGGUGAGCUCGGAUAAUAAAACCCCUGACAUCACCAUUCCAGAAGCUUCACAAGACUGCAUAUAUAAGGGGCUGGCUGGAGCUGCGGCUGAAGAAGCUGACCAGCCAGCUGACCCCCUACAUUCACGGAGCCACCAUGGACAUCGCCAUCCACCACCCCUGGAUCCGACGGCCCUUUUUUCCUUUCCACUCCCCCAGCCGCCUCUUUGACCAGUUCUUUGGAGAGCACCUGCUGGAGUCGGACCUCUUUUCAACUUCCACUUCUCUGAGUCCCUUCUACCUUCGGCCACCCUCCUUCUUUCGGGCACCCAGCUGGAUUGACACUGGACUCUCAGAGAUGCGUAUGGAGAAGGACAGGUUCUCUGUCAACCUGGAUGUGAAGCACUUCUCCCCAGAGGAACUCAAGGUCAAGGUGCUGGGAGAUGUGAUUGAGGUGCACGGCAAGCAUGAAGAACGGCAGGAUGAGCAUGGUUUCAUCUCCAGAGAGUUCCACCGGAAGUACCGGAUCCCAGCUGAUGUGGACCCUCUCACUAUUACUUCAUCCCUGUCAUCUGAUGGGGUCCUCACUGUGAAUGGACCAAGGAAACAGGCCUCUGGCCCUGAGCGUACCAUUCCCAUCACACGUGAAGAAAAGCCUGCUGUCACUGCAGCCCCCAAGAAGUAGAUGCCCUUUCCCUCAUUGCAUUUUUUAAAACAAGAAAGUUCCUCAUCAGUGAAUGAAAAUCUUGUGACUAGUACUGAAGCUUAUUAAUGCUGAGGGCAGGCCCAAAUUAUUAAGCUAAUAAAAUAUCAUUCAGCAAUA